UCACUAUAAUCGUGAUAUGAAAUUUUCAUACCGUUUCAUCCCCACCUAGUGGAAAUGGGGAGCCUUUUAUUUGGAUCACAACAAAAAAAAAUCUCUGCUAAGAGGUACAGAGAAAAAGAAGAAACAGAAUUCAGCUGAAGUACCUGACUACUGUGUGCGUGCAGACAAUAAACUCAGGCCGAGAGUUCCACUGGUGAUAGGUGAUGUAAUAGUGCGUCUGAAGCCAGAUCCACUGUUGCCCUUUAGUUAAGAAACGAUAGUAGCAAGACUUCCCUUUACCGUACUGCAUCACUGAACAGGAGAGAGACAAGAGCGUCAGAAACAACACGCAGGGAAAUACUUAACUGAAGGUGUGUAAAUGUGUCCCUCACAGUGUUCGUGACACUUGGCGAGUGUCUCCAGGUCGUCCACGUGGUAAUAGUCGUACCCGGAUGUUCCUAGAACCUCGAAUGGCAGGUAGCCUAUGAUUGGUGGAGCUCUGAAAAGGAGAAACGGCAUCUUUAUCAAUGACGUUGACACACACACACAAAACAAAACAGAAGUGAUGUCGUCUCUUCUGAAGGCGGAGAUGCAGAGAGUUUUGUUCCGACCUGCAAAACAGAGACUGGUGGAGUUUAUCGAGAUUGAAGAGCCAUCGCCUGAAAGACAUUUCCUCUGUGUCUCAGUUUCAAAAACCAAAGUGGUGCAGUUAAGUAUAGUGGGAUGUCAGGCAUCUAAGAUGUCCCUAAAGGCUGGAUCCAAGAGGUCCCAUACCAAACGCUCCAGUAUACAGGAGUGCUACAGGAGGACAGAGAUCUGGUCCCUGCAAGACCUGACUCUUGUUGAUGGACGGGACCCUGAUGUGGAUGACCCUUGUUUCUUGCUGCACUUUGACAAGGUGCGUACAGUGACAGCCAUCAGCUGCUCAGCCAAAUACUCUAUCGUGCGCGCCAUGGUGGCUCUCAGCGACCAGCACUGUCAGAGGCCACUGAACCUGCUGAACUUUGACUGGGCCUACAUCAAGCCUACCGCCUUUUACUCUAAUAGAGGAGACUGUGUUGUUCUAUCACAGAUAUGCUUCUAUGCAUUCAAUUUGGUGUGUCUGUCCAUGUGUCCCGUGCCCCUGGAUGCUUAAUGGGAUGACACAAUGAUUGUGUGUCAAUAAAGGCAUGUGGCAGCUUUACUAUAUAUUGUGUAUUGGCAUGGAGUGAAUGUAGACUUGUGGCUUCCAUUACAACACCACACCAACUAUGAUGAGUUAUCCACUAUGAAAUGUCUUUUUGCAUUAAUACUCUAAAACGUAUCAAGUAGCAUUGUAUAUUAUACUUGUGAUCUUUAAAUUACUUUUAAGUAGCCUAUUCUGUGUGCUACUGUAAAAAUGUGAAUUUCUAAUGGAGAACAAA